AUGACGUCCAUGAUUAUUCUCCCGUGACCCGCCACGUGGCCGUCCUAUCAAAUCCAAUGCUCGGACUUUGGAAAAGCCCCGAUGAUUGAUUCGACAUAACAGAACAGUCGGAGUGGUACGUACAUAUGUCAUCCAGUGAUGACUUUCAUGAUGGCCGCCACCUACUCCGCCACGCGCCGAUUCCCAACUCGUGAAAUACACACCGUAUCAAACCCUCUUGAUUUUUCAUAACACGAAGCGCUGGACACUCUCUUCUGAAAGCCACCCGCAGUGUAAGUGAGGCUGGAGAUGAGUAUGGUGAAGAGUCAAGGCAGCUCCGUCGCGGCGAUGCGUACCCUCUCUCCUUCCUCCGCCACUUCUCGCUGUUCCACUCAACGUUCCGCCGCUUAUUCUUCUUCCUCAGAUGACACGAAUUGUGGUACGCCAACAUGGAUCGGGAAGGGGCUUACUUGUGUUUGCUUCAAGGCAAAGGGAAAUUAUGAAAGGGUCUGCUUGAAUCUGACACCCCUGCAGGAGGAAAGGAUGAGAAGGUUGCAGCGCCGGAUGAAGAUUUACUUUGAUUCUUCUAGGCCAGAUCACCAGGAAGCGCUGAGAGCUCUAUGGUAUGCUACAUAUCCCAGUCAAGAGCUUCAUGGCUUGGUAUCUGAUCAGUGGAAAGAGAUGGGAUGGCAGGGAAGAGACCCAUCUACUGAUUUCAGAGGUGCUGGAUUUAUUUCUUUGGAGAACCUCUUGUUCUUCGCAAAGACAUUUUCGACAUCUUUCCAGUGCCUAUUGAACAAGCAAGGAGGAAAGCCAGCUGCUUGGGAAUAUCCAUUUGCUGUUGCCGGUGUAAAUAUUACAUUUAUGAUCAUGCAAAUGCUUGACCUCGAAGCCACGAAACCAAGGUCCUUUAUCAGGGCAGUUUUCUUACAGAUGUUGUUAGAAAGCGAGUGGGCUUUUGACUUGCUCUAUUGCGUCGCCUUCAUGGUUAUGGAUAAACAGUGGCUUGAGAGAAAUGCUACAUACAUGGAAUUCAAUGAUGUUUUGAAAUCAACUCGAGCUCAAUUGGAGAGGGAAUUACUAAUGGACGAUGUCUUGCGGAUUGAAGACAUGCCAUCUUACAGCCUUCUUACUUGAUAGUAAUUGAUAUUUAAACAACCUAGAAGGCUAGAAGCAUCCCUGAUUGACCUUAAAAUUGUACAAUCUCUCUCUCUCUCUCUCUCUCUCUCUCUCUCUCUCUCUCUCUCUCUCUCUCUCUCUCUCUCUCUCUCUCUCUCUCUCUCUCUCUCUCUCUCUCUCUCUCUCUCUCAGAGUAAUGGAAUCCAUAACUGCAUUUCAUUAGCACAAUCUGUAAUUAGGUUGUUCUACCAUCCAGCCUCUGUAGGUGGACUGGAGUUUUUCCUUUUGGCAGUACCACAUUGAGCUUAUGAGAAUUGUCUUGAAGGGUGUUGAGGAAAGAAAAUGAUUGCUUAAAGCAUAGAGUGUGGAAGCUUAGAUAAAAAUUCGAAAUUACAAGAAGUUUAACCAAUUAUAACAAUGCUGACUUUCACAUCUAAAGUCGUGGUAGCAUCUUUUCCGACGAUUAAUUUUAUGGCAAAAGUGUUUAAAUACGUGAUGAUACAUUCUCUGACAUUGUGUUUGUGGAGAAAUAUAUUAGACCAAUAACAUGGAAAUGAAUAUAAUUUUCGACAAACCAGUGCCUCGUCUUAAAAACUUAACACCAUUUUAUGGAGUAUACUGUGUCAUAAGAUGAAAUACGCAUUUUGAUUUUCUUAACUUUCAUGAUUAAAAAAAAAAUACAAAAUCUUAAUUUAACAAACAGCUGGACCUAGUUUGCGUAAUGUGAAUAGUUGAGAGAUUGGAUAGCUAGCUUCCUUUUCCUUUUUCUGGCCAGAUCUCAAUUAGUUACCGCAAAAUUCAGUUUCAGUUUUCAGCUUUAUCACACACCUUUGGGUCUCAGACACGAUUGGUAUCUUAUCCCUCCCUACCAAGAUUUCCCAUAGAAGAAUGAUAUAUCACCAUAUUUUAAACGUGAACAAGGUACAAGGCUUUGUUGUAAAUCAUUUUGCAAAAAUAAGCUCUAAAAUCACCAAUGAUAUAGAUACGCAAGCUGAUCUCAUACCAAAAAGAGGUAAAUGAAGCUCAAAUUUUCACAUCAAUGGGGUAUAGCUAUGUCGGGAAAUUUGCAGAUAUUGACGAGCUAAGCCAAUGUCCAUCAACCAGAAACUCGAACAAUAUUCGAGCAUUGAUUUAAUUCAGUAAUGAACCACUAAAAUGGGUAAUGAGGUAAGGGCUAAAUGAAGCACGAAAACUAGUUGUCUACCUU